AUGGAGAAAGGAAAUAGUUCCACUGUGACAGAAUUCAUCCUUGCUGGGUUAACAGAGAAACCAGAGCUCCAGCUGCCCCUCUUCCUCCUCUUCCUGGGAAUCUACGUGUUCACAGUGGUGGGGAACCUGGGCAUGAUCAUACUGAUCGGGCUCAGUUCUCCCCUGCACACCCCGAUGUAUUAUCUCCUCAGCAGUCUGUCCUUCAUUGACCUGUCCUAUUCCACUGUCAUUACCCCCAAAAUGCUCGGCAGCUUUGUGACAGAGAAGAACAUCAUCUCCUACCCUGAAUGUAUGAUUCAACUCUAUUUCUUCUUAGUUUUUGUUAUCUCUGAGUGCCACAUGUUGGCUGCAAUGGCAUAUGACCGCUAUGUUGCCAUCUGCAGCCCCUUGCUUUACCAUGUAACCAUGUCUGCUCAAGUCUGUUGCUGUAUGGUAGCCGGGGUGUACAGCAUGGGUUUGGUUGGUGCCACAGCUCACACAGUUUGCAUGCUGAGACUUAUUGCUUUUAAUAUUUUUCUCCCAACACUGACUAUACUUUCUUCCUACAUCUUCAUCAUAGCCAGCAUCCUCCGAAUUCGAUCUGCUGAAGGCAGGUCCAAAGCCUUCAGCACUUGCAGCUCUCACAUCUCAGCAGUUGCUCUGUUUUUUGGAUCUCUUGCAUUUAUGUACCUGCAGCCCUCAUCAGUCAACUCUGUGCACCAAGGGAUAGUAUCAUCGGUGUUUUACACUAUUGUCGUUCCCAUGCUGAACCCUCUAAUUUACAGUCUGAGGAAUAAAGAUGUAAAAACUGCCCUAAAAAGUUCUUUGAUAACAAAAAUAUACUGCUGA